AUGAAACCCCCCGAAGGUCUUGCAAUAGUUCCGGGUCAGGUUUGCAAGCUGGAAAAGUCUCUAUAUGGGCUUAAACAAGCUAGUAGACAAUGGAACUUCAAACUGAAAUUUGUUCUGCUAGAGUUAGGAUAUAAUCAGUGUAAAUCUGAUUACAGCAUGUUUACUAAAUCCCAAAGCACUGGUUUUACAGUCAUUUUGGUUUAUGUUGAUGAUUUAGUGUUGGCAGGGGACGAUUUGUUUAAAAUUGAAAGGGUGAAACAAACUUUGCAUGACAGAUUUCGGAUUAAGGACAUAGGUGAUCUCAAGUUCUUCCUUGGAUUGGAGGUUGCUAGGUCUUCAAAAGGCAUAGCUUUAUAUCAGCGAAAAAAUGUUCUAGAUCUCUUGCGGGACACUGGCUUUAAGCAUUGUAAGCCUGCCUCUACUCCCAUGGACUAUGGGGCAAAAUUGAGCAAGGAUGAUGGAGAUAGUCUGCCUGAUUCCUCUGAUUAUAGAAAAAUCAUUGGAAAACUGUUGUAUCUCUCAAACACAGGGCCGGAUAUAAGCUUUGCAAUUGGCAAGCUCAGCCAAUUCUUGGAUUGUCCCACACCUAAUCACUUGCAAGCGGCACAUAGGAUCCUCAGGUACAUAAAGAACUCUCCGGCAGCGGGGCUGUUCUUCUCGGCCAAUUCCGAUCUAUCUCUCACUGGAUUUUUUUAUUUUGACUGGGCUGGAUGCCCCAACUCACGACGAUCGGUUUUAGCCUAUUGCUUCUAUGUGGGUUCCUCCCUUGUCACUUGGAAGAUCAAGAAGCAAGUAACCGUCGCAGUUUCUUCCUCCGAAGUAGAGUAUCAGGCUCUUGCACUGGCCACCAGAGAAGCUCAAUGGCUUAGUUAUGUGUUGAAAGACUUAGGAGCAUUUCUUAGUAAACCUGUGAAUUUGUACUGUGAUAGUAAAUCUGCCAUUUAUCUUGCUACUAACUCAGUAUUUCACGAGCGUACAAAGCAUAUUGAGGCUGAUUGUCACAUUGUGAGGGAUAAAUUGCAAGAGGGCUUAAUUCAUCUUUUACCAAUUUCUACACAUGAACAAGUCACAGACAUCAUGACUAAGCCUCUGGCACCAGGACCGUUCAACACAUUGUGUAGCAAGCUUGGGUUGUUGGACAUUUUUAUGCCCAACCCUCCCAUCUUGAGGGAGGGUAUUACCUGA